GUCGCGGAGCGGGUAGAGCGGUAGCGGCUGUGGAAGCAGCAACACGUAGUACACGGUAGCACCUCGACGAGGACGCACACGCUUGUAUACGUCGCUUUGGUAGUCGGUAGACUCGCUUCGAGCCAGUCUCAUUCGGUCCAGUGGCGCAGUCGCGUUACGGGGAUACAUUUUUCCGUAUCUCUCCAACCACUACCAGCAUCCGCCACCACCACCAUCACUACUACCAACGACACUGUUACCACCGCUACCACCACCUGCACCGUCAAGCGUGUCAACAUACACGGAACGUCAGCAGGACCACCGGAUCAGCAUCGGGUUGUUCCUGGACGAUAAUCGUACAAAAGUGAGGGCUCGCAUCCUCGAGACAACGUGAGAAUGAAGUUGUGGUGGAGUUUGGCGUUAGUGGGCAUCGCCCUGUUGAUGGUGGUCGUCACAACCAGGGCAGAAUCCGAUCUCUGGGAAGAGGACGACACGGAAGUUCUCGUGAGAACCGUUCGCGGUACCAAAGAAAGAGCAUCCGGCAGCACUUCGUCGUGCAGAUACGUGAAGGGUCAAUGGUCGGAAUGCGACUCGAAAACCAACACACGGUCCCGCACGCUGAACCUCAAAAAGGGCGACAAGUCCUGUGAGCAGACGAAGACUAUUCAAAAGAAGUGCAAAAAAGCUUGCCGAUACGAAAAGGGCACGUGGAGCGGAUGCGCGAAUCAGCUGAUGACGAGAGUGGACAAUUUGAAGGUGAACAGUGAUGCCUCCUGCGAGAAGACGCGCCGACUUACCAAGAGGUGUAAACCAGAGACCAACACUAAGAAAUCUACCAAAGGUGAACGAUCGAACAAGAAAUCGGGUAAGCAGUAAGCGAAGAAAAUCGUCGAUCGAUCGCUCCAAAUGCAUGAACAAACGAGAACAACACGAAGAUGGAAAAAACGUUCCACAAUCCAAAGUACUGGCAGUGAUCGUAAUUCAAAGAAAAAGCAUUUUUAAGUACUUUGUCUAGGAAGUAACAAGUAUCGAUACGUGUACAUCAGGCGCAACGAUCUUCAAUCCGAAUUUUCCAUUACUUUCAAAUCGUUGGCUGUCGGUACAUGUCCGACCGUCGGUAAUUUUCAAUCGUGAGUAUUCAGAAUUACCUUCGUUGUAUGUGGCCAAUAUUAUUAUUAAUGGUGAUAUGCCGAUUUAAAUAAACGCAUAGGUUAUCCUUAGCGAUUUUUGCCGACGCUGAAAUGACCAUGUACCAAUUUAUUGCGUGUGAAUAUUAUAAUAUGAAAAUUAUGUUAUCGACGCAGUAGCAUAGAUAAAUAUUCAAUUUCAACCAUUGUGUUCCAAUUUAUCGUUCGUUUCUUUGCAUUUAUUAGAUUGUUGCGUAAGAAGUAAUUUGUUAAGAUGAUAAUAUUUACGCGGAUUAUUUUUUUAAAAAACCAUGCGGUGUUUAUUCGUUUUAUCACGCUGUGCUACUGUCUCGAUGAUCAAACGACGACACAAGCUGUAAUAAUUAUAUAGCAAUACGCUAUGGUAAACGUGUAGUAAACGACUGCCGUUGAGAUUCUUCACGAAAUAUAUUCUUGCUAGAAUAUACAUCGUUAAACAAAAACCCAUUCACGAGUUUUCCACACGUUACGUAUAAUUGUAUGGAUCAUAGCGUGCAUAGAUAUCUCGGUUAGAUGUAGUUACUCUUUCGAGACAGUAAAGAAAUCGAAAGAAGAAACGGAGAAAAGAGCAGAUGAUCGUACGGUCUCUAUGUUUUUAAGGUACACCCGUUAACUUUCCUCGUCUUCCUCUAAUUGAAAGAAGUGAAAAACAAAAGGGAUGGUAUUAACAAGCAUCGUUUCAAUUCAUUCAAUUGUUAAGAGUAUCUUUUUUCACGCAUAUUUUUAACGUAUGUUUUGCUUCAAAGUGAUCCUUGUUCAGUUCGUAAUCAACAGUGUUUACACUUAAAACCAGGUACAAUAUUUGUGACUAGAAAUAUAUCUUCUCGAUUGUCGCAUAAAUAAUAUACAAGUGUUUGAUGUUAACUAUGUCUUAUACACCCAAUGAUUUCCAAACUUUUCGGGCGAUAUAGUGAAUGAUUUUGCGUUUAACAUUGUUUAAUCAAAUUGUGCUAGUAAAGAAAACAUUUUUCUAUAAUAGAUGUAUAAUCAAAGAGAAAAAAAGCAUUUUAUAAAGUACAUAUAAAAAUUGAAAUUGGAAAGUAUUUAUGAUACGCUUUAGGUAUGGGGGAUAAAAGGAUAAAGAAUUAGUUCGAAUUGCUGGGUCCUUAAGUUUGGGAAUCAGUGUUUCAAGUAAUAAGCAUGAUUUGAUAAUUACUACCAUUUUUCCUAUAGUGAAGAGCAAAACUGAAAGAAUAUGAUUGUUCUCCUAGAAAAUUAUUAUCCAUUGUACGCGUUAAUACUAAAUAACAAUUUUCUGAGAAAUAUCGCUUCGUAAGUUUAACUUCGCACUCUUCACUGUGUAUUACGAUCCGUUUUUCGAAAAAGACAUAUUCCAUUGCAUAAAAAAGAAAUGUCGGUAUAUACAAAUCAUUAUAUGUGUCUCAUAAUUAUCUCUGAGUGGAAAAAAACUUUAAUAAUAAUAAUAACGAAAGCCAAAUGAGCAUGAAAAUCAAAUUAACAUAAUGCAAAAGUCUCAGGCGUCUCGUAGAUCCGGUCGGCUAAUUAGGUUAAUUAGAAUUCGUCUCUACGAGACGUAACAGUGAAACUAUAGAAAUCAAACCCUCUCCCGCCCUCCCUCGAAUACAAGAUUGUAUUUGUUUUUAAGUCUAGAUGUAUAAUCAAAAAAUGAAAAAAGCUCGAUACAUAAAAAAAAAAUAUGAAAUCAGCUGAUUCCAGGUAUAACAUAUAAACACGGUGUAUCUGUAUAAAAAAAUGCGUUCAGUGAAAAACAUGAAUAUACGGAUCAAAUAGUGUUGAUCGGUAUCAAUGAUUAUAGAUUUAGAUUACGUAUGUACAUCAUAUCACCAUUUAAUGGAUUUAAUGAAGAAAAAAAAAAGGAAAAAA